AAUCACGACGAGAAGAAACCCGGAUGCGGAAGUGAUCGUCUGUUGACAAGCACCGUGUUGCAUGCGUGUGUUUAUUUUAAGAAGCGUUUUUUAUUUCAUUCCGUAGCUGAAUAAGGCGUUUCGUGCAUAAUAAUAACCAAUUUAAAUAAGUUUAUUUAUUUUGUGUUUGUAAGAGCGUCUUUUUAUUUUGUGACGUUGCUAGCUCUACUUUAUUCCUCUAUUAUUUUGAUAAAGAUGACUUCCCAAGAGGUACGCCUUUGCGGUCUUCUGCUGCGGGAGCACUUUGGGGAAGUUGUGGAGAAAGUAGGAACCAAUCUACUCAAAGGUGGAACGCAAACUCUGAGAAACAUCGUUCAAGAAACUGGAAUAUCUGUGGAUUUGGUAAAAAAGUCCCUCUGUGUGCUCAUGCAGCACGGAACAUGUGUAUUCAGCCCGGGCCGUAAAGGACGCGGCAGCCCCACCGAGUACCAAUGCAGCUCAAAUCUCAUUCUGAAGAUCCUCCGCUACCCACGCUACAUCUACACCGCUAAGACACUGUACGGCGACACUGGAGAGCUCAUCAUUGAAGAAUUGCUGCAAAGGGGUCACGUGUCCAUGAGCAACAUUGUUAAAGUAGUGGCCGAUCGUCUCACGCAGAAUAUGGAGGAGGGCCAUAGCAUGAAUUAUAAAGAUGUGUCAGCUGCCUUUUCCAAAUUGGUGGAGACUCAUUUUAUUCAACGCUGUCCUCCAAUGGCAAGCGCCACAACCAUAGCCAAUCCAUCAACAGCUGAAGCUCCUGCUAGCACUGCACCGGCUCCAGAGAGCUUCCCCAACUGCUACACCGUGCCAAAUGUUACUCUCAUAGGACAAGGAAAGAGGCAACUUGAGGACCCUGAGGAGCAAAGUGUUGCAAAGAAGGCCAGGAUGGACACAGAGACUCAUGGUGAUGAGGGGAUUUACUGGCAGGUGAACUUCGACAGAUUUCAUCUCCAUUUCCGAGACCAAGCAAUUGUCAGCGCCGUGUCCAGCAAGCUGGACCAGACCAGCGGUGAGAUCGUAAGGACCAUGCUGAGGAUGAGCGAGGUGACCACUCAGCCCAAGGCUGCCCACACGAAGCCCCUCUCGGCUAACGAGAUCUUCAGAUCCCUGCCAACUGCCUACAACAUCCCCAGACAAGUGCUAGACCAAUACCUCACGCUGCUGGUGGAUGACCCGAUGGAGUUCGUGAGCAAAGCUGGCGAGAGUGGAGGCGGGAUGUAUUCUGUCAAUUUGCAGCGAGCACUUGCCAAUCUAGCACGGGCAACGUUAGAGUCUGUAGUCCAGGAAAGAUUUGGAUCUCGAUCGGCACGCAUCUUCCGUCUUUUACUCAAGAAGAAACAUCUUGAACAGAAGCAGGUGGAGGACUUUGCCAUGAUUCCCGCCAAGGAAGCUAAAGAUAUGCUCUACACUCUUCUCUCCCAGAACCUGGUCCAACUGCAGGAAAUCCCCAAAACUCCUGACUUUGCCCCUUCACGCACCUUUUAUCUUUACACCGUCAACCAGCUUUCCACUUCGAGAAUGUUGCUCCAGAACUGCUUCAAGACAGUAGCAAACCUUAUACACAGACGUCUAUUCGAGACAACAAAUAGCAAGCGUCUGCUGGAAAAGUCCCAGCGGAUCGAGGCCAUUCUAGCAUCCCUGCAGGCCGGUGGGGCAGAGCCGGAGCAGCUGACAGAGGUGGAGGAGAUGAUCACGGCUCCCGAAAAGCAACAAUUGGAGUCUCUGCGGCUUCAUAUCAACAAGUUGGAUUCAGCGGAGAACCAAGUGGAUGAAACCAUCUUUCUACUAGAAUCUUACAUCCAAUCCACAGCAUCCACAGUUUAGUAAGACCUGAUGAUAGUAUUUACAAAUGUUUUCAAACAAUUAUGGUUGUUUAAGUUCAAAGCCAUGAUGAACUCCAAUGAUCAUGAUUUUUGUCCAAUAAAAUCUAAAUGUUCUUUUCUUAAAAAUGUGUUUAAUCGGGAAUCCCAUUGAUCAGAACCAGUGUUGUUAAUAACGGUGUUAGAAUAUAACGGCGUUACUAACGGCGUUAUUUUCUUCAGUAGUGAGUAAUCUAAUUUUCUCAUCUUGGCAACGCCGUUACCGUUACUGAGGCGGGAAAGGCGUGCGUUACUAUGCGUUACUAUGUUGGCUGACUGACGCGAGAAAAGUCUGAAAAAGACUCACGGAGAUGAGAGAGACGAGCAGGAAUGGGGAUGAGGCAAGGGAGUGUGACACCGUUGCAAACA